GUAAAUUGUGUUGGUAUAACAACCAGGAUAUUGAUUCGUCGUAAUUAUACACACCAUCGACGUUAUGAGAGAGGCGAGAACACAAACAGGGCUAAAUGCAAGUGAGCAACGGGUCCGUGAAACGCGGCCGGGUAGUUUGCUUAAUUAACAAGACUGCUUUCACCCAUUACGUUGAAGCGGUCUAACGGAGGAAACGCCAGUAGCCGGGUGUGGCAAAGCCCUCUUCUACACCUCCUUUUAACGCCUCGUUCCUAAACCCCAUUGUUUCUCUAACUCUAACACAGACUACCUCUAACAAUCUUACGUUAAUGCUCUAAUCGGAUAAUCGCCCCUUUACCGGGACGGGAGGUUCGCUACCGAUCCUGCUAUCGCGAGUCGGUCACUUGACGUCGCGAGGGAGGUAUGCAGCCUGUGUAACGCCAGGAAGAAAUCGCUGAUUUUUUUUAGAUUUGGAGUUUCUUUGACAAUGGGAUGACCAUGUUUAACAAUACGGUUAAGUGAGCCUGGAGACGGAGACAAGUUGAUUAAACACCAUGGCGGAACAGCACGACCUGCUAGAGGGAACUCCUCUCUCUGAAAUUCCAGAUGAAAUACAGGAAAAAAAGGAUCGGGUCCUUGUUGGCUGUUUGGAUGAUUUACCAGCCCUCAGUUCCAAGAUUGUUCGGAUAUUUACAAGUUCCACUUUCACAGACACCACGCUUGAACGCAAUAGCUUGAUGGAAAGGGUGUACCCGAAACUGAAGGAAUACUGUAGGGAACGCCACGGACUGGAGUUUCAGGUGGUGGACAUGAGAUGGGGUGUCCGUGACGAGGCUACGGAUGACCACAUGACCACUGAGCUGUGUAUGCAGGAAAUCGACAACUGUCAGAGACUGUCCAUGGGCCCCAAUUUUGUGGUGUUUCUCGGCCAGAAGUAUGGAUACCGCCCCCUCCCGACCCACAUACCGGCGAGCGAGUUUCUCAUGCUGCGGGAGGUGGCAAAGAACGUGCAGAGCGAGCUGGAACUGUUUGACACGUGGUACAAGGUGGACGAGAACUCCGUGCCACCUGUGUAUAUACUUCAGCCAAUCAGCUCCAUCCUUACAAACUUCAACAACAAGCGACAUCCCCGACUGCAGGAGCAGGACCAGUCGACGUGGUGGGAGACGUUCGGCAAGCUACAACGCAUCAUCAGGAAGGCGGCCCAGGUGCUGUUUAUCACUAAGAAGAUUGACCGGGAACAGAUGCACAACUACUUCAUGUCCUGGUAACUCUCACACACAAUCAUCACCGAGAGAGAGAUCGAGCGGGGCAUCCUCAAGGCGAGAGAUGUAGAAGAACACUGCCUCGCAUACGUCCGCGACAUCUCCAACAUCAACACCACCCUCCUCCGGAUCGCCGGCAAGUUUGUCGACUUUGCCUCCCGCAACGUUGACGGUGAGGCCCAGAAGUUCCUGAAGAUCCUCCGGGACGAGAAGAUCCCCAAAGUCCUAACGGCGUCCAACAUCGCCCGCUUUGUGGUGGAGUGGAGUGGGAAGGAUGGCAUCGACAGUGAAACCCACAAGGAUUACUUUGAACAGUUUAUUGACCAUUUCUAUGAGAACAUCAUCCGUCUCGUGGACAAUGCCAUGUCCAAGCAUGAGAUGCUGGCUGGUGACGUCAUCUAUACUGAAUCUUUACAGCACAUGCACGCAUGCCGGAUGUUCUGCACCGUGUUCCGGGGUCGGGAGGAAGUCGUUGAGAAGAUCCACCAGUACGUCAUCGGGCCGUCCAACAUGCCCCUGGUGCUGUGUGGGGAGAGUGGAUGUGGGAAGACCUCCCUCAUGGCGAAGGGGGCCAGUCAGGUGAAGAGCUGGUUCUCCGAAGACAAGUCCCCCAUUAUGAUCCUGCGGUUCCUGGGAACGACCCCCGGAAGUUCCACCAUCAUGCCCCUCCUGAGCAGCCUGUGUAACCAGGUGGCAUACCUCAUAGGGGAGCCACUGGACGAAAUACCAGAAGAGUUAGCUCCCCUUGGUCAACACUUGAAGAAGUUGUUGUCCCUGACUCCAGAGAGCAAACCUAUAGUGAUGUUCCUCGACUCGCUGGACCAGCUGUCCGGGGCGUACGGCGCCCACACAUUGACUUGGCUGCCGGCACUUCUCCCUCCACAUGUCAAAAUCAUCGUGUCCACGCUCCCUAACUAUUACAACCUCCUGGACACCCUGAAGAUCAUGAUUGAUGACGAGGACAACUUUGUGCCCGUGCUGCCGCUGGGUGAGAACCUCAGCAGCACCAUCCUGAAGGCUUGGUUGAAAACCAUCAACAGAACCGUCACAGAGAGUCAGUGGGGUAUCGUAAAUGAAGCAAUCACAAAGUGCAAUCUACCUCUGUUUGUAAAGCUUGUGUUUGAUGAGAUCUGCCGCUGGAAGAGCUACACUAGUCCGAAGCUCACAAAUCUCUGUAGUUCUAUUCACGAAAGCAUCAUGAAGCUCUACGAGAAGAUUGAGAACCAGCACGGAAAGACCCUCGUGUCCCAUGCUCUGGGGUACAUCACAGCCUCCAAGAGUGGACUCUCUGAAGCGGAACUGGAGGACAUGUUGUCCCUGGACGACAAAGUCCUGAACGACGUUUACCAGUACCAUCUGCCUCCAGUACGACGCAUCCCACCUCUACUCUGGACCCGCAUCAGAGGCGACCUACCCGGCUAUCUCAGUGAACGGGAGGCCGAUGGUGUCAAUGUUGUAUUUUGGUACCAUCGCCAGUUCAUCGACGCUGCCAGGGAGAGGUAUUUCAAGAACCUCAACUUUGUAAGUGCAAUGCAUUCUGAGAUGGCUGACUAUUUCCUGGGGACGUGGGGAGGGGGGCGACCGAAGCCUUACGAAUACUCCGAGUUGCAAAGACAGAGGUUCUUCCUGGAUGAAACUAAAGGCGAGAGCGACAGGAAGGUCCCGGUGCAGCCACUUGUGUUCUACAACAAGGAGGGGCAGGUGACAAGAUAUAAUCUUAGAAAACUUAAUGAGCUGCCUUUCCAUCUGAUCAGGUCUCACAGAUAUGAUGAUCUGUACGAGACUGUUCUGUUCAACUACAACUGGCUCCAUGCCAAACUGAGCUCCAUGCCACUUCAGAGCGUUCUGGCCGACUUCGAGGAUCUUCUGGAGCAUGUGUACGACAAAGACGUCAAACUCAUCGCCGACGCCAUACGACUGUCUAGCUCCAUCCUGAACCACUACCCAAGCAUGCUGGGGCCUCAGAUUACAGGGAGACUGCUCCCUUACUACGCACAUAACCCCAAGAUCAGAAGUCUGAUUGAGCAAUGUGACACUGACGGUCUCCCAAACUGCGCCCUGGUCCCUGCAUUUCACUGUCUCCACACGCCAAGUGGCCCGUUACAAUACUCACUGGAAGGGCACGCCUUUGCACCUUAUGGAAUAGCCGUCACUUCAGAUGCUAAGUACCUCGUCACUGCUUCCAACAAGAUCAUCAUCUGGGACCUGUCGACUGGAGUCGUGUUUCGGAACAUCGCUGUUGGUGUUUCUGGGAUCAUGUCCUCAAUAUCUAUAUCCCCGAGUGACAAGUACGCAGUCAGCCAUACGAACAAUAACCAAGUGGUUGUAUGUUCCAUCAAGACUGGAGAGUUCUCCGUCAUCACGCCAGUCACUGGGGACAACUCACAAACUGUUGAUGGCACUACCGUGUCAAAUACUCACAUUGCAAUUUGGAUUCAGAGCCAGUGGCAUCUCUACACCAUUGAAGGAAAACCUGUCGGACGGUUUGAGUCUGAGUUGAAGAUGAGGCUUCUUAAGGUUAUAUUUGCCGAGGAUGAGAAGAACUAUUUGAUCCUUAAAAGUGGAACAGAAGAUGACAAUGACAUGGCGCUGGAGGUUCAGGAUAGGUCCAUUGAUCCGUUUGAGUUUCACAGUGCAAUAGCCAUAACUGCGGACAAGAAGACCCUUUAUGCUUGCAUCGAGAUCAGCGACAACGCUGUUGCUGUGUACAAGCGUGAGGAAAGUGUUUGGAAGUAUGACAGGACGCUUGGAGACAACACAGACCAGGUGUUUGCCUUGACCCUCACAGAAGAAGAAAACUACUUGAUAGCAACAUCAGCUCUUGGAUAUAAGCUAUGGGAUCUUAAAACCGACAAGGUCCGAGAACUCAAACUGCCCCCAGCAACAAGAAACAUUCCAGCCAAGAACCAGCUCACAAGCAUGGUCGUGUUCACCAGGAACCAGUUUGUUGUUGCUGGAGUACGGAAAAACCUUUAUGUAUGGGAUGUGAAACAGGGUAAUCUGGUGAAAACCCUGGAUGGUCAUUUUGGUCGAAUCAUCGCCUUGACGGCUGUUCAUGUUGGGUGCAAUGUUGUCAUAUCAUCUUCAAUGGAUAAAACCAUUAAGGUAUGGAACUUCGAUAAGAUCCUGGAAGAGGUUCAUACCAUUGACCGACUUGAGAAACCCAUUGAAACAAUACAUCUGUGUCCCAAGGCUGGGAUCUGUGUCACGACUACACGGAAUCUGGUUGCUGUGUGGAACACUGAGACUGGUCGGCUGGUAAAGGCUUUUGCCAGCAAUUCAAGAAGUGCUAUAGUUACUCAUGCAGUGUGUACCGAUGAUGGCGCCUACAUCAUUUCAGCUGAAUCAGGAAGCCUUGUGUUCUGGGAUGUUGAAAAGGAAAAGGCUUUCAAGACAAUUCAGUUGGGAGAUGUUCAGAUGGUACAACUCAACGAGGAAGACACAAGAGUCAUUGCAGUUGCCAAAUCCGCAGUUGGAAAAGGAGUUUGCUCUUGUUUCUCAAUUCCAGAGGUGGAGGAUGUGUACAAAUUUGAAUACAAUGUCAAAAAGUACAGACAGCCUGUCCUGACGAAAGAAGGACUGUUUCUAGCAGUUCCAGCCAGUGACAAAAGUGGGGAUGUGAUCGGUGCUUACCAUGCUAAAACUGGAACACAUCUGUACAACCUGCAGCUGAAGUAUAAUAAUUACGUUGAAUACUCCCACCUAGUGGCAAUGCCCCAUGAUCAGAACCAGAUAGCGGUGAUUGAUCCCGACAAAGGGAAUAUUCUGGAUUUGAAGAAGAAGACUCUGGUGCGAUCUGUGAAGGGAUGGAACGGAUGUGCUACUCAGAACGGGAAGAUCGGUUUGUAUGCUCCUCUCCGAGGUGGUUUACAGCUUAUUGAAGUGCGGACAGGAAAGACCGUGAAAACGAUGAUCCCUAAAGUAGCAGAGGGGGUGUUUUCAAUUAAGGUCAUGUUCACAAAGAAUGACAAACAUGUAGUCUAUUACCAUUCAGGACGAAGAACAAUCAGAGUGUUCCGUGUGUCAGACUGCAAGAUGGUGGCCAAUUUUAAAGCUUCUGCUGAUGUUAGGUGUAUGGUUGGGGAUGAGAUGGGUUCAAGUCUUGUGAUCAGUGCUGUGGAUGGGAGUCUGACUGUAUUGACACUGGCAGACCCAGGGGAGGAAAGCAGUCAGGAAUUAAUCAAAUCACUGCCAAGUCGUCAACUACACAAAGCAUCUAACGGCAGAGGAGCUGCAAAUGGGGAUGUGUUUCAAGCUAAGACUACCAUAGGCACUGCUCUGCAGGUAGCAAGGUUUGUGGCGAAAGCAAGGGGAGCUCAAAAGUCACGAGCCUGUGUCAUUUCUUAGGGAAGCGGAGGAAUCUCUAGGAUAAUGGGCCAGUAGAUUUUUGUUUUUCUUCCAUCCAACGUUCCACACACACCAUUCCCAUGCCUCCGUCCAUACCUUUUAUAUUAUUUUUCAUUUUUUGUUUCCUUGGUCCUACUUAAUCUAGUCAUUUUGGUUCAGGACCAUCAUCUUAAAGGUGCCCCACCCUUCGAGGCUUUCUUUACUUUGACUACAAACCGUGUUGGCUGUUGGGCAAGGUGCACUUACUGGCAAAACGAUAACUAUACACACUGAUGUUCAAGAGGACAAGCCUAUGAAAUGUUCGCCAUCGUGUUGAUGUCAAUAUACUGCCUACCAUCUGCCAUUAGAAAUAAUCAAAGGUCACUUGUGCAUAACAAUACACGCGCAUUACCCUUGAGAGGAUUAGAUGCAACUGUAUCAUUAAUACAUUGUUUACUAUGCCCGUCCACAUAAUGAAUCGUGUAGUCAUGAUUGCUACAAAGAUGUUCCGAUCUUCGCCAGGAUGUGAUUUUGAAAUCGCCAGGCAGUAAAGGAAGGCAACUCUAUGAAACUUUAUUUCUACUUCAUUGUCCAAGGAUGUUAGCUUCAGAUAGAUAUGUGUGUAGAAUCCGCAUCAGUCCAGCCUUCUAGUUAACUUUCGAUGUGGACACGAUGAUAUUCUUCAGCAUUCUCCGAAUGAAGCAUCCGAUAUGAUUUUGUCGGAUGCUUUUUGUUACACGUUUUAGCAUUCACAAAUAUUAGACUUAGCAUGGACCAGUUAGAUCAGUUCAAAGGUAUUAGCAUUUCCACAUGAUGGAGACAUUUGUGACUAUAAGGAGAUGGUAAAUAGUCAUCAAGUUUGCCAAACACUCCAGCAUGGAUUGACAACUGCGGUAUCUAAGGGUGACGCUGAUACCACUUAAACCAUUAUGGAAUAUUUGAUUCUGCUUCAUUCUCUUAUAACGUUGACGUGACGUUGGACCAAGCAGGUGCCAACCAAUGUCACCGGACACCAGUAUAUACUACUCAACCUCUGACAGGGAUACAGGGAAUGUUUCAUACCAUUUACCGUUCGUACUAUACUAAAUCAGUUUGAUGUUCCUGUCAAAGGUUGAGAAGCAUAUUUACUGUCGUCAACCAGCAUAUGUCACGUAGGGUUUAGAAAACAAGUAAUGUCUCAACAAAUUGAGUAUUUGUUCUCCGCUUCUAUUACCCAUUUCCAUUUUAUGUUUGUUAAUUAAUUAAAUAUUUGGAGGGUAGUGAAGGAAGGGGAAGAGGGGUGGUGGGGAGGGGGUUGGGGUUGGUCAUGGUUAGGAUAAAGAUGGGGACGACUGGUUCUGAGAUGUCUGCCACAGGAAAGUAAAUGCUGUAAAUCAGGCCUAAACUAAGGAACCGAAUAUACUUCUUCUCUCAUAACUUCAUUUUUACUUUAUCCAUGAUCUUCAACGAACAAGGUUAUUGUUUGGGUAAGCCGUGAAGAUUCAUUUUAUUUUCCAUUUCAGUAAUACCGUCCAUUAUCGUAUCAGGGAUGUACCCUCAAUAGAGGCUUAACUGUUGUCACAAGACACACUCAGCAUAUUUAUCCUCUUAAACAAUUUGCCAUAGGAAAGGGUACACGAAGAACAAAUACUCAAUUUGUUGUGGCCUUAUGAUCAUUAUGACAGUCGCUGACUGAAUUGUCAGCUUCAAUACUAAAGAAAUGGUAAUGUACACGUCACAGGGCAAUAAAACUGAUGUAAAAGAACA